GCCCUACAGGGAAAAAAACAAGAGAGCUAAAGCUCCAUCGCAACUAAAAAACCUGUUUCCAAGCGCGCGCCAUCGGCUACUUGACGCAAUUGACACUUGUAUCCUCUGGGGCUUUUCUGGUACUGUGUGACGACAAGGAACAUGUGCCUGGGCAGCAACUGAGAUACUACCGGUAUAUCUGCGCUUCAUAGAUCAGCUGUUGCACAUAACUACAACAAGUCCUCCUCCUUGUAUCCCACACUACUCCUGCUGCCUUUUUUUGCUGGCUCUUCCUCUCUCUUCCUCUCUCUUAUCUACAGCCACAGUGGGACAUUUUUCCCAGCCAUGGCUAUGGAGACUCCCGACAUGGUGGCUGCUAGCCAGCAUGCAGCACCUAUGAAAUUUUCCCGAUACCGAAGUGUUCGCAAGGCUGCGUCCAAACAGCCACCGUCAGCAGCAGCGGCAAUACCGUCCAAUUUCAACCCCCCGCCACCUCCACUUGCCCACCCACCAAUCGCUGCACUUCCGGCCGCGGUGUCGCAUGACCAUGCCGCCAACACCGAUGCCGCCGCCAACAAUAGUGGUAAUACUGCUAUUCAGAGAAGCAUGUCGCGCUAUCGUCGCAGAAUUCCCCCGACUGCGCAGCAGCCCUCGGAGGCCGUGCCUACUUCCGCGCCGGCCUAUAAAGCGCAAGUAGCAAUCAAUGGCACUUCAGUUCCACCACCACCACCAUACCCACAGGAACGAUCUGAGGAUUCAGACAUGGCUCGUAUACGGCAAAAAUUGGCUCUCCGACUUGCGACCCGAGAAAAACAGGUCCCCGAUGAUAGCGAAGAUGAAGAUUCCGAACGCGACAGGCAUCGACGGAACGCAAUGGACAGGUUAACCGGAGGCGAGGAUGUAUCGCCCUCCAAUCCCUUUGAGACGACUGUUCGCGAAAAGCCGGCCAAAGACGUGCAGGAAAAGCGCGCAAAUGACGGAACGGUUGCAAGUCGCCGUACAAGCCGCGAGCCCAGGCGACGGUCGCUCAAGGUCGCCACAGCGAAACCUACUCAAGUCAAAGGUUCGAAAGAUGAUUCCUCGGCGAGUAGUCCAGCCGAGACAAGCCCUGUCGCUCAGUUUCCCGAUGCUCCUGUGUCUGCCGUGAACGCUCGCGAGCGUCGCGUGCUGGUCCAGUAUAGGAAAACCUCCAUGAAAAUCUGUGUCAACCCUUCGACAUCCGCGCAAGACAUUCUUACCACGGGCAUGAAUUACAUGGCCAAGGGCGAAGAUCCUGGGAAGUUUAUUUUGAUGGAGUCUUUCGCCGACUUGGGUUUGGAGCGGCCAUUGCGCCGAUACGAAUGUGUGCGCGACGUGAUGAACUCUUGGGCUCACGAUGAGCAGAACUCGUUGAUCAUCGUUCCUGCUGCCAGUCUCGACGCCCUCGCUCUGCUCGACGCUCAGAACGUUUCACAAAGCCAACCUACGGAUGCCACGUUCUAUUUGUACUACUCACAACGACCUCGCAAGUGGGACAAGCGAUACGUUACCCUCCGUUCAGAUGGACAAGUCACCAUAUCUAAGAAAGAAACCGGUCAGGAUCACACGAAUGUCUGUCACUUGUCCGACUUCGAUAUCUACUCGCCGACUGCAAGCUCUUUAGCAAACAACGUCAAACCACCGAAGAAGUUCUGUCAAGCCAUUAAGAGUCAGCAAAAGUCGACCAUGUUUUUGACCACCGAGAAUUUUGUUCAUUACUUCUCCUCAAACGACCGAGACAUGGCCGAUAAUUGGCACAAAGCUGUUCAGACCUGGCGCAGUUGGUACCUGGUAAACAUGCGCGGGGUGGGCAAGUCAUCGGAGACAGACAACACCACAUCUUCUGACGAAUCAUACAGAGCGGGAAAGCGCUCACAGAAGCCCCUGCUGAAUCCAUUCGAAGAGACCAGCAACGAGGUGAAAGCACCUGCGAUGUUUGCUGUAGAGCGCACCCAAUCCAAAAAGGUCAAGGAGUUGUUUUCUCACAAGAAAAGCACACGGGAGCGUGGGCCUCCUCCGACAUCUUUCCCCAAAAUCUUGACUGGGGAAGCUGACCUUACCGCAGAGUCUUCUGAUGAAGCUACUUUCUCUGCCAGCGGUCUUCUAGGAAGGACUUACACCAUGCGCCAACGGGCUAUGAAAGAGCGUGAAGAGCAAGAAAAGCGCGAUAAUGAGGAGCGACUGCGCCAGGGUCUCGUGGGUACUAUGGGCGCCCGUCGCGUCCAUGCCGGGCCUAGCAGCCGAUCCAACACCAUGACAUCGACCCACGCCCCGGAUUUCAGUGCUGUGAAGCGGUCUCAGUCCGUCAAGGCAAAGCCUUUAGUCGAUUUAACCCCAGUAUACGGUGAACCUCCACAGCACAUUCGCAAAGGAAGAGGUGUGACCGUUGAUCCGGGCGUCCCGUUGAUAGAUGCAGCCACGGGCCCUGAAGCCCCGGGAGGCAUCCAGAUACCGUCGGCUACCACCUGGCGCCGGCCUCCUAUGCCCGCCGAACCAAUGUCCGCAAUCGAGCCAAGAACUCGUAAGCGAUCCAACACUGCGCGCAGUAUCAACGGUCAACAACGUUACCAUCAUACCGCGCCCAACACUCCUAUCUCACCCGUCGAACUCCCUUCCGUCCGUGACGGUCCCUUCUUACCCCAUGGCCUGUUGGCUCGCGCUCAACCGGCCCCCGCGCCCGGUCCUCCCGUCGGUCACGGUGUGGCGACUGGAGAUCGAAAUGCCACCAAGCCAAUGUUGGAUAUGUCCCCCGAGAAUCCUUUCGCCGAAGGAAGCUUGCUUAGGGGUUUGUAGUAGCAGCUUUUCUUGGUCAUCUCACUACAACACUAUAUACGAUUACUACGGCACUUGAGAUUUACUUAGCAGUGGCGUUAUGCUUCUUUGGCUGGAAAUCUGGUUUACCACGGUGAUUUAGACUGGCAUGGCUUGGUUAUCUUGUCUUUUUCAUUGCCUCAUUGCAAUAUACCUCCUAGUCCAUGAUCUCGAUUUGGGACACUAUUUGUACUUGUUGAUAUACCCAUUUCAUGAUGGACACUCUUUGGAUUGAUGCCCAUACAAUUCUCCAUUACUUCUUCAGGUGAUGUGCUGGAUUUGAAAGUUACACGUGUACUCCGUACUUAGCUUAACAUUCUUCUACUUUAUUUCUUUUCCUAUGAAUCGAGUCCAUUUUCCAGCAUGCAUUUUUUUGCCUGAUCCGC